AGCCAGGCUGGGACCGGGGCGGGGGUGCGUCCCGCCCGCAGCCUCGGGCCGCCAAGUUUCAGUUUCGUUUUCCCGGAGAACCCUCCCUGUUCUCGGCAGAGCCGCUCCCCUUCCUCUCUUUGCUGCGCUCCCUGCCGCGAAGUGGGCCACCAUAUUUGGGAACAACAGUCUACGCUUGGAAACACAAAACAGAAUAUAAACAUUUAAAGACCCCAGGGACCUGAAGGAUGGACUCUAUCAAGGGUGCUGGAGCAGCAGCUUCCAAUGACAAAUCAGAGACUGACAUCCUUGAAGAAAACUAUACUUGGCAAAUUCCCAUUAGUCACGAUGACUUCCAAAUUUUAAAAAAUAAUGAGAGUCAGCUCUGUGAAGUCCUUCAGAAUAAAUUUUGCUGUAUUUCUACCCUGGUCUCUCCAGCCCGUGAAGGUAACAAGGAGUCUCUGCAAGUCUUCAGAAAAAUGCUGACUCAUGGGCUAGAGUUAUCUGUCUGGAAGGAUGACCUCACCAGACAUGCUGUUGAUGUUGUGGUGAAUGCAGCCAACGAAGACCUUAUUCAUGCGGGAGGCCUGGCCCAGGCCCUGGUGAAAGCUGGCGGCUUUGAAAUCCAAGAGGAGAGCACAUCAUUGGUUUCCAGAUCCGGUAAAAUACCUACUGGUCACAUAGGUGUCACACGAGCAGGGAGGCUUCCCUGCAAAUUCAUUAUCCAUGCUGUUGGGCCUCAGUGGCAGGCAAAGGAUAGACAGUGGUGUAUGGAAAAGCUGCAAAGAGCCAUUAUAAAUAUUCUGAAUCACGUCACCUAUAGCGAUCCAUACACUGAGACAAUAGCAAUUCCAGCCCUGAGCUCUGGGAUUUUCCAGUUCCCUCUGGGUUUGUGUACAAACAUCAUUGUGGACACUAUCAAGCAUUAUUUCCAAGGAAAGCAAGCAGCCAGUUAUUUGAAAGAAAUCCACCUGGUAAGCAAUGAGGACCCUACUGUUGCUGCCUUUAAAACUGCCUCAGAAGCCAUCCUAGGGAGGAACGAGCUGGACUCCUCGGUGAGUCAGGUAGCCACUCCUCCUUCCAGUAUGAUGGUUGUGAACAACCUGAUUCUCCAGAUUGUCCUGGGCCACAUUGAACUGCAGCAGACGGAUGUAAUUGUUAAUUCUGUAAAUCCACAUGAUGGGCUUAGCAGAGGACUAGUGUCGAAGUCAAUUCUACAACAUGCUGGAAAAGAAAUGGAACAGGAAUUUAACAAUAAAAAGACUAAGAUACGUUCAGAUUCCCAGUUGGUACUGGUCACAAAAGGAUUUAAAUUGUCCUGUCAACAUGUAUACCACGUGUUGUGGUAUUCAGAAUGUCCUACACCAAAUCUGACAUUGAAAAGUGCAAUAAAGCAGUGUUUGGAAAAAUGCCUUGAGCUAAGUGUAACUUCCAUUUCCUUUCCUGCCCUUGGGACUGGAAACAUUGGUAUGCAGAAGAGUACAGCAGCAGAGCUUAUGUUUGAUGAAGUUUUAACAUUUGCCAAACAGCAUUUGAAAAGACAAUUAACUGUAAAGUUUGUGAUCUUUCCAAGAGAACUGGAGACGUAUAAGAUUUUCUGGGCUGAAAUGGCAAAGAAUAUGUCCAAGCUGCAGGGUCUCAACAAUUACAGUGUCUCUCAGUGGACCGGAGGGGAGAAACGAGAAAAUGGGCUCAAAGCUAAAUCUCCUGCCAUCACUCUGAUGGGACCCAACCCAGAAAAGAUGACUGAGGCCCAAGCUUGGAUCCAAAGGCUACUCACUCUCCAGGACCACAUCAUUGAGAAUAAUCAUAUCCUCUACCUUGGGAAAAAGGAACAUGACAUUUUGUCUCAGCUUCAGGAAACCUCAAGGGUCUCUAUCUCAGAAAUUAUCAGUCCUGGAAAGGCAAGUUUAGAGAUUAAAGGAGCCCAGGCUGACCUUAUUGAGGUGGUUAUGAACAUUGAACGUAUACUUUGUAAAGUUCAAGAGGAAAUGGCAAGAAAAAAGGAGCGAGACCUUUGGAGCUUGUCCGGACAAUGGACUGAUCAGCAACCAAAAAACUGGGAUGAAAUGAAAGAAAUUACAUUUCAGAAACAUGUAGUGCUUUCAGCUGAAGAAAUUCAGGAUCAAAAGAAACGGUUUAAAAACUGUGGUUUGCGAGUUAUAAAGGUGGAGAAGAUAGACAAUGUGGUUCUCAUGGCUGCCUUCCAAAGAAAGAAGAAAAUGAUGGAAGAGAGAAAGAAUAGGGCACCUGUGAGCCAGAGGCUGUUUCAGCAAGUCCCACACCAGUUCUGUGAAGUGGUUUGCAGAGUUGGCUUUCAAAGAAUGUACUCGGUGCCCCACGACCCAAAGUAUGGACCUGGCAUAUACUUCACCAAGAAUCUCAAAAAUCUAGCAUCCCAGUUCAAGAAAACGUCUGCCACAGAUAAGCUGAUCUAUGUGUUUGAGGCUGAAGUACUCACAGGCUCCUUCUGUGAGGGUCAUCAGUUAAAUAUUGUUCCCCCACGAUUGAGUACUGAUGCCAUAGAUAGCCAUGACAGUGUGGUUGACAAUGUCUCCAGCCCUGAAACCUUUGUUAUUUUUAGUGGCACGCAGGCUAUGCCCCAAUAUUUGUGGACUUGCACCCAGGAUCAUGUAGGGCCAGAGGAUUACUCAUUAGGACAAAUGUUGCCGUCUCCACAGCAGCUUGGGAAGAGAUUCGUAAGUGGCAGCCCUGUUGACUAACUUCUGCAUAAUUUUAACAACUGGCAUGGCCCUGCUUUGGAGAAACUAACGAAAUAUUGACCAUCAAUGACUCAAAGACUGGUCUGAAUAUGUCAAAUGGCUCUGGAUAGACUGAAUGGGUUACUGAAGGGGCCAGCCACAUACUAGCAUCUUGGUGCCUUCGUCUUUGUUUUCAUCUCUUGGGGGUGGGGUGGGUAGAUACUAACUAAAACACUCUCAGGACCAUUCCUUCUCCGUCAUAAUGUCCUUUCAUCUUCUUUACUACAGGUAACAGCAAAAAUAUCUUACAUGUAACGAAGAGAUUUUUCUAGUAUAUAAUUCAAGCCCUCUAUUUUUUAAAAUGGUGAUAGUAUAACAUAUUAGGACAGCAGGAUGAUUUUCGAUUUUCCAGAGAAUCUUAUACAGUGCUUUAGAUAUCAAAAUAAAUCACCUUUAUUUGAGUAACUGACUUUGAAGAAGUACAUGUAAAAUGAAGUUAUUUGAAGUGGAAGGACAUCAAAAGCCUGAUAUUCUACUGAUAUCCUGUUGGGAUUCAGUCAUAUCAAGCAAUGCCACUCAAGCACCAUGAGGCCCAAUUAUUAAUUCACCAACUAUUUCCUGAUAACCAGAUGUGUUUCAGUCACUUUCUGUGUGCUAGAGAUAAGAUGCUGAAUAAGACAAAUGUCUUCAUAAAGCUUUCAGCCUGAAUAGUCAAAAAGGCAGCGAUGGAAAACUUAACAAGUGUGAUUGGGUAUAACAAAAGAGGAAAUAUACAGAUUCUGUGGAAAAAUUUAAAGGAGAGAGGGAUAAAUUAAUCAGGGGUUGGGAGGCAGGCCUUCUAACAACAGUGAAACUCAAGCUGAGACCUGAAGAAUUUGUAAGAGUUACAUGAAUAAGAGAUGCAGCAAAUCAGGAGCGGAGACAAGAGUAUUUUAUGCAGAGAGAGAAUAGCUCUUAUAGAGGCUGAAUUCACUGUGACUGUGCCCAAAUUUGACUUCAGAGUUCUGCAUUGUAGAAGCCAGCAAAUCUCACCAAGCAUCUCUUGCUAUUCUGAAAUCCAUAUUUCUCUAUACUUUCAAACUUUCUUGACCCUCACAUCUUCAACCUCUUGCACAGAACAUUUCCUCCUCCUCAUCUUACCAUAACCAGCAUUCUUCCUCUUGAAAGAAGCAUGCUUAUUGUCUCAUAUGGUAUCAUCCUUGGAUAUGGGCAAGAGGGGCCCUGCCUUGGACCGCUAGUUUGAGAGGGCCCCACUCUGGCCUUGCCCCAACUGUGCCUAUCUCUACAAGGUGAGAAUCCACAGGUCAAGAGAAUUUAUUCAUUUGGAGCCCACACACCUCACUCCAAAACCACCCACUAGGUACCUGGAACCCACAAAUUUCCUGCCUAAACAGCUCCAAGUCUAUUUCCAGGGCUUGACUGGUCCUCCUUCUUGGGUCUCUCCUCCUGAGAGUGGACUAGGCCAUAGUCUGUAGCAAGAAUGGGCAAGGGGUGACCAUUUUCAGGGAUUGGACUUGGAUGUGAGGGCCGAUGUGUUUACACGCCUGUGCCUGAGGCCUGUGGUACAGAGCUGAAGGUGAGAGUCCAGAUUUGAAAGAUCUAGCUUAUAGGGAUUUCGAAAAAGGAUGGAGGAGAGCAAUGUUCUCAAGGAUAAGAAAAAAAAAACCCAUACCAAGAAACAUCAAGUGAAACUGUAGACUACCAAAGAUCUGAUCUUCAAAGCAGCCAGAGAGAACAGCCAAAUCAUCUACAAAGGAAUGACAAUUAGACUGACAGCAUAAUUCCUGUGGUAGGCAGAAUGAUGCCCUCCCCCACCCACUGCAAAGAUGUCCACACUUUAAUCUCCUGAAUCUGUGAAUAUGUCACCUUAAAUGGCAAAAGGAAUUUUGCAGAUGUGAUUAAGGUUACCCUGCAGAUGGGAAGAUUAGCCAGGAUUUUUCAGGUGGGCUCAAUCUAAUUAUAUGUCUUUCAAAGAGAGAACCUUCCUAGCUGCUUCAAAGAGAUGGCAGCAUGAGAAGGAUAUGAUGCUCUGUGCUGGUUCUGAGAUGUAGGAGGUUAUGGACUUAAAAGCUUCCAGAAAGGAUUGAAGCAAGCCUGCCAACACUUCGAUUUUAGCCUCAAGAGACCCAUACCUGACUUCUGACCUAUAGAACCAUGAGACAAUAAAUUUGUGCUCUUUUAAGUCA